AUCCAUGAACUGAGUAGAUAAGACAGAAACAUGGCACUAUUAAUUAUAGUAAUUACCUGCUUUGGGAUUAUUCUUGCUACUUCUCAACCUUGCCAGACUCCUGAUGACUUUGUGGCUGUGGCUUCUCCGGGACAUGUCAUGAUUGGAGGUUUGUUUGCCAUUCAUGAGAAAAUGUUGUCCUCAGAAGAUCAUCCCAGACGACCACAAAUUCAGAAGUGUGCUGGCUUUGAAAUAUCAGUCUUUCUUCAGACUCUUGCCAUGAUCCACAGCAUCGAGAUGAUCAAUAAUUCAACACUGUUACCUGGAGUCAAACUGGGCUAUGAAAUCUAUGACACUUGUACAGAAGUCACAGCUGCAAUGGCAGCCACCUUAAGGUUUCUUUCUAAAUUCAACUGCUCUAGAGAAACCGUGGAGUUUCAGUGUGACUAUUCCAGCUACAUGCCAAGGGUUAAGGCUGUCAUAGGCGCUGGAUACUCAGAGAUAACCAUGGCUGUCUCCAGGAUGUUAAACUUACAGCUCAUGCCACAGGUGAGUUAUGGAUCAACUGUGGAAAUCUUAAGUGAUAAAGUCCGCUUUCCUUCAUUUUUACGGACUGUGCCUAGUGAUUUCUAUCAAACUAAAGCGAUGGCGCACCUGAUUCAGAAGUCUGGAUGGAACUGGAUUGGCAUCAUAACUACAGAUGAUGACUAUGGGCGAUUGGCUCUCCACACUUUCACCAUUCAGGCUGCAGCAAAUAAUGUGUGCAUUGCCUUCAAAGAAGUUUUCCCAGCCUUCCUCUCGGACAAUACCAUCCAAGUCAGGGUCAACCAGACACUUGAGACAAUCAUUGCAGAAGCCAAGGUUAAUGUGAUUGUGGUGUUUCUGAGAAAAUUCCAUGUUUUCAGUCUCUUCAAUCAAGCCAUUGAAAGGAAUAUUAAUAAGGUCUGGAUUGCUAGUGACAACUGGUCGACUGCCACCAAGAUCAUCACCAUUCCCAAUGUCCAAAAGAUUGGCAAAGUAGUGGGUUUUACCUUCACAAGAGGGAAUUUGUCCUCUUUCCAUUCCUUUCUUCAAACUCUGCACAAAUAUCCCCACAUUAAUAACAAACCCCUCCGUGAAUACGCCAUGCUCAUUUCUGCUUGUGAGCAUGUCAAUAACAGUGAAUUGAGUAAGUGCAUAUCCAACCAUCCUCAGGAGAAUUUGACCUACAAGGCUAACAAGGCUAUGGAAAGGAACUUCAUGAAAAAUGACUUCCUCUGGCAUUAUACUGAGCCAGGACUCAUUCAUAGCGUUCAGCUUGCAGUGCUUGCUCUUGGUUAUGCUGUUCGAGAUCUGUGUCAAGUUCGAGACUGCCAGAAACCCAACGCCUUUCAGACAUGGGAGUUGCUUGCUGCCUUGAAAAAUGUAACCUUCACCGAUGGAAGAAAUUCAUUCCAUUUUGACACUAAUGGGGACUUGAACACUGGCUAUGAUGUGGUCCUCUGGAAGGAGACUGAUGGCCACAUGACUAUUACCAAGAUGGCCGAAUAUGACCUGCAGAAUGAUCUCUUCAUCAUAACAAACCAAGAAACAAAAAAUGAAUUCAGGAAACUUAAGAAAAUUCUGUCUAAAUGCUCCAAAGAAUGUAGUCCUGGACAAAUGAAGAGAACCACAAGAAGUCAACACACCUGCUGCUAUGAGUGUGCGAGCUGUCCUGAAAACCACUACAGCAACCAGACAGACAUGGAUCACUGUCUCUUAUGCAACAACGAGACACACUGGGCUCCUGUAAGGAGCAGCACAUGCUUUGAAAAGGAAGUCGAAUUCCUUGACUGGAGCGAUUCCCUGGCUAUCCUGCUUGCGGCCCUUUCCCUGCUGGGGAUCACAUUGGUUCUGGCCAUCGGAAUAAUAUUCACCAGAAACCUGAACACACCCGUUGUGAAAUCGUCUGGGGGACUGACGGUGUGCUACGUGAUUCUCCUCUGCCAUUUGCUCAACUUUGCCAGCACGGGUUUUUUCAUUGGGGAGCCGCAAGAUUUCACGUGCAAAACCAGGCAGACGCUCUUUGGGGUCAGCUUUACUCUCUGCAUCUCCUGUAUUCUGAUGAAAUCCCUGAAGAUUUUACUAGCGUUCAGUUUCGAUCCCAAGUUACAGAAGCUCCUGAAGCGCCUCUAUAAGCCCAUCCCCAUCAUCGUCUCCUGCACCGGGGUGCAAGUUGUCAUCUGCACCCUCUGGCUCGUACUGGCCGCACCUGCUGUGGAGGAAAACGUCUCCUUGCCCAGGGUGAUCAUCCUGGAAUGUGAAGAGGGGUCCCUUCUGGCCUUGGCCACCAUGCUGGGCUACAUUGCCCUUCUGGCUUUCAUUUGCUUCAUAUUUGCCUUCAAAGGGCGGAAACUCCCUGAGAAUUACAACGAAGCCAAGUUCAUCACAUUUGGCAUGCUCAUUUACUUCAUAGCUUGGAUCACGUUCAUCCCGGUGUAUGCUACCACCUUCGGCAAGUAUUUGCCUGCCGUGGAGAUUAUCGUCAUUUUAAUAUCCAACUAUGGGAUCCUGUGCUGCAUGUUCUUCCCCAAAUGCUACGUCAUUCUUUACAAGCAAGAGACAAACACCAAGUCCGCCUUCCUCCAGAUGUUGUACAGCUACUCUUCUCACAGUGCUGACAGCCUGGCCAUGAGUCACGUCUCCCUGGAUGCUGCCAAUGGCCUGGUCACUACCAAUCCCAGGCCUGGGUGCCAGCCUGCAGCCUGGCAGAAAGGCAAAGGCCUCCAGACACAAGCAUCCCCCCACAUCUGCCAAGAAAAUGCCACCCGUGGGUGUAAGACUUGGCCUAGGAAAAGAAUUUCAAGUAUCUGAGAGAGCUUUGGGAAAUGCCACAUACUAGAGUAAAACGUUAUCUUGGUCUUCGUAUCAAAAA